ACAUCUCCUGCUCACUUUGGAAUUUUUUAAAAGAUGACUGAAACUCCUCUACCAAAUGUUCUGUCCUCAAACCAGAGUGAAAACCAGAGCAACUCAACUGAUUGCCCAGACUUGGAUGACUGGUGGGACAUUGUGUUCUAUAUAGUACCCAAGUACCUCAAUGCUGUCUGUGUUAUUGGUAUGCUUGGAAAUGUGUUUGUUCUCCUCAUUUAUUCACUGCACAAGGGCUCCCUGAAGACAGCUGAAAUCUAUCUUAUGAAUCUGGCUAUUGCUGAUCUUAUCUUCCUCGCGUGCCUCCCAUUCUGGGCAGUGAACACCAAUAACAGGUUUAACUGGCCGUUUGGCAUCUUCCUGUGCCGCAGCGUCAGCACCUCCAUCGUCUUGAACAUGUACACCAGCAUCUACCUGCUCGUGGCCGUCAGCGUGGAUCGCUACCUGACUUUUGUCCAUACCUUGAACCACAGAGAACUAUGGAGCAAAACUAUGACCAAAGGCAUCUGCUUGCUCAUCUGGUUCUUUUGCAUUCUUCUCAGUGUCCCAAAUUUCAUGUACCGGACUGUGAAAGAGUUUUCCUCGUGGAAUAUCUCAGCGUGCUAUUUGGAGUUCCCCAGCUCGUCGUGGGUAACAGCUGAACGCCUGGUAUUAAACGUGGUGGGGUUUCUGCUGCCAUCCACAGCAAUCAUCUUCCUCAAUUUCUCCACCAUUAGAUCCCUAAAGAAAACAGCAAGAGAACGAAGAGCACUCAGAGCAAAGGGUUGCAUGGGGCAGAAAGGCAUGAGGGCAACGAGGCUGAUCACCACUGUGGUACUGAUGUUUCUUUUCUGCUGGACUCCUUACCAUUUUUUUGUAUUCCUUGAUCUAUUAUACAAUACACAAGUGAUCGAAGGCUGCUUCUGGGGGGAACUAAUCAACUUUGGGCAGCAGUUUUCUUAUGUUCUGGCUACCACCAACAGCUGCAUUAACCCUGUGAUUUAUGUCUUUGUUGGGAAAUACUUCAGGCAAAAGGCUUUAGAAGUUUUUUCACGGUUUAUUCCCUGUGGAUUUCCUUCAAGAUGGGUAUCUUUCAAAGAAAUGUCUUCAAAUUUCAGCAUGUCUCCAGUCAAAAAUGAUUCAACAUAAUGGUUCUCAGUUCCAUCUUCAUUUUGAUAUCAUAACUUAUUUUGUGCCACUGCAAAUGGCAUUAAAAAUUAAUAUGAAAUGCUCUGAUAUGGCCUUCACAGACCAAGCUAACUAUCUAUUAAAGUAAAUCACUUGAUUGUUUACUUUUUCCUCAGGUUUGCUUUCUUAGUUCUGUGUUAUCCAUCGAAAUGCAUGACAUGUGUGUGAUACCAGAAUUUUACACCAAAUUAUCUAACCUGUUUUACCUAUUAACAGUGACUUAAAAGAAAGUCUUUUUGACAAAAUACCAGAAAUCUGGUUUCUUUGCAGAAAUCCAUAAGCCAGCUGAAUGUUUUGCUGCAUUGUAUCUGUGAUGACAGCUGCUAUACCCCCUAUAAUAUUAUUCAUAAAAUUACAACAGGUAUUACAGAGCAAAUAUGAACUUAAUCUUUGGCUGGUAAAUGCAUUUGAAAAGGUAGAGAAUAACUUUGGUUAUUUUGAACAAUAUUUUAACUGGUUUGCAUUUUCACAGUAAGAUAUAGAAAACUAUCUUUUUUGUGCACUUUAAUUAUAUUCAGUGCAUAACUAUUGUACAAGAUGAUGGAACACAAAGAAGUGUAUAUAAAUUGUAAAAAAAGCAAGGUAACACAGUAGACUCCUCAAAACCUGACUUUUGCUGAUCCAGUAAAGUAUUACGAAAUUGCUCAUUAAGUACUGUAAAGAUCCUUUUUAUUUUGUAUAUGUGAAUAUAUCAAUGAUGGCCAUUGAUACUGUAUUAUUUAGAGGUAAAUACUUAGAUUCAUAUUUAUAUUUUGAUGAAUCAAAAUUAAUAAAACAGGUAACAUU